AUGCAAAGAAUUACCAUCUCAAUGUUUGAUGACCAUAAUAAUAAUAAUAAUUCUACUAAUUACCAACAAGGAGAAGGGAAUUCAACAUCCUUAACUUCACCUCUCACUCUUCAACAAUAUGCUUCACCCAAUCAAAAUUUAAUCACUCCUCUCACACCAAAUACUGAAUUGUUGAAUAAUGUAAUCGAAUCUUUAAGGCAGGUUAAAAUAGAUGGACAACAAUACUUGGAUACAUCAAAUUAUACAGAUAAUAGUAAUGAUGUUAAUAUAUUUGGAGGUGUUUCAUCAUCAGCCAUGAAUUGGAAUCAUUUACUGUCGAACAACAUGUAUCAGCAACAUCAGCAAGUUGAGCAUGCCCAUAUGAUUCAGACAGAAGAAUCAAACAAUUUUCAUAAUGGCAAUACAUGUAAUUCCUCUUCAUCAUUCAGUAACAAUGUAAAUAAUAUCAUCAAGGAAAGCAACACUAGUAGUGAUGAAGCAAGCAACUUGUUCUCACUCUUUGAUGCACAUAGAAAGAUUCUUCUAUUUGAUAAUUUGAUUGAGGGCGAGCUCAUUCGGAUGACUGACCGAUCCGCUUCAAUGAAUCUGGACAAUAACGCCUUAAUAGAUUUAAGCGAAGAUCGAAUGAGAAAUAGGAACUCCCAAAAUCAAACCUCAGAAACCUCAAUUCAGCAAAUUUCCUUAGAUUGUGACAAUGCUUGUCAAUCUCAAAUUUCUGAUAUUUUCAAUGUUUCACAAGCUCUUCAGAAUAUAACUAGCUUAUCACCCUCAGAUCAAAACCAAUUAUCAAGAUUGAUAUGGACUGCUUUGAUGAAUAAUUCUAAUAAUUCACUUACUGAUGAUUCAUCAAAAUCUUCAUCAUUCAAUUCAAUAGAAAAUAAUUCGGAAUUGGGGAAUAGUGGAGCAUACAGAAUGUUUGAAUCAUUUGAGGAUGUGCAAAUGCAAUUUUCACAACAUGUGGAAGCCCUAACUUUGCAUCAAAUGGUGGAUGAAGAUAAUUCCCCAACAACAAAAUCCAAGUAUAGUUCUCAGCCAGUACUAAAUUCUAAUGGCAGAUACUCAAUUGACAAUUUGAGUAAUUCAAUGAUAAUGCAAAAUGGAAAUUCCUCCUCAGUCAUUCCUCAUUACUCAGAUAGUGUGGACAUAACAACAUUUCUUAAUAAUCAAUUUUCUUCUUUACAAAAUCAGAGUUUGGAAUCAUCUCAAAGCUCUACAAUAAUCAGAGGUAAUACUGGUAUCAGUCCAACAUCACCUCAAUCUCAUUAUUCAACACCAAUGCAGCAACUUUCAGACUCUAUGACUGAGUCCACACAACAACAAUUCAUUAUCUCUCCGAAAGGCAACUUGAAUAGAAUAUUCAAUAAUCCGCAACAGGCAACCACACCAAACUCAGUAUUUGAUGUUUCUAUUAAUACUCAACCCAAACAAUCAACAUUAUCAUCUCCUCGAAGAAUUUCCUCAUGUUCUUCAUCGAUGAUAUCCAGCAGCCACUCACAUACUUCCUCUACGAGAUCCACUCCAACAACCAUCUCGGAACAAACCCUCAUUCAAUCUACACCAAUAUUAACACCAUCUGAUACAAAUCCAGGCCAAGAUGAAUGUAUCCAACCACCACUCCUUCUUCCCAAAACUUCAACCCAAACCUGUUGUGGUGUUGGCAACAACAUAAAUUUCUCCCUUCCUGGUGAUAGCGAAAGUGCGGCGGUGGUUAAACAAUUUGGCAAGAAUAAUCAGUCAAAAAAAUAUUCAAACAACAAUUUUAGUGAAACUACAUUGCCACAUACGAGUUGUGUUGUUAAUAACGUUGUUGGUCAGCAGCAUUUCAUCACCACCACCACUACUAGCACCACUGAAAAUCAUAGUAGUCAUCAUAGUAACCCACUUGAGGCAUCAUCUGUUUUAAAUAUUCAGAAAAGCCUUUCAUUACAACAAUCUUUAGAUAGUAGUAAUAGUCCUCGAGUUGUUGUACCAUCACCAACAUCAGGUAAUUUUCACAACAGCAAUCCUCCAACUUUGCUUUGCAUCACAUCAAAACCAACGGAAAGUAAUUUGGACAUUAUCACCCAACAAACCCUUAACAAUAUCUCAACCGAUUAUACAAUGUCUUCACAUUCUCCAAUAUCAUCCUCUAACUCUAAUGAACAAAAUGGCCAAAACAAACAAUAUCAAGGGGUUAUGCCAUUAGAAGGAAAUCAAUCGACUUGGGGAGUUAAAGUAAAUAGAAAAUAUAGACAAUUAAGAAAAUCUUUAAAGACAUGCAAACAUUUUGAGGAUAAUUAUUUUGUUCUUGAAUUAAACGGGCAAGGUAAUAAUCCUGGAAAUCCAUCAGCUGGACAACAACCACCAAAACCAAAAAAGCCAAAGGCUAAAGCUCAACCACAUGCUAAUCAUGAUGAUAAAAAACCAUCCAUACCGAUUCCUUACAAGGAACAAGUUAAUUUGAUGGGAGAAUUUAGUGUAGCUAAAAGUAUAGAUGAUGAGGUUCUUCCUCUAUCAGUUUUAAAUAGAUCCGAAGAGAGUGAUUUAUAUCUCACAACUCCUAACAGUACAAGUUCAGCAUCUUCAAGGUCUAGCUCGGCUAAGGAUAUGACUAAAAAGAAGAGAAAGAAUACCUCUCAAGAACCAACGAGAAAGAAUAGAAAAAAGGAUUCAGAACAAGAAAUGUCACUUGGUGGAUUAGAUUCUACCUAUAAUCAUGAUAUUUUACCUAGUAUCAAUAUGACACUUAAUCUUGCUCCAAUGCAAACAAUACCUUCAUUAGAUAAUUCAGAAAUUAUGAAUUUUAAUAAGGUUACCCCUGAUAUAAUGUCCUAUCAACCAAAUAAUAAUAUUCAUCAUCACCAACAACAAAUUCCUUCCCUAAUUUCACCACACAAACCUCUAGACUACCAACCAAUAACUCCAAAUUUAAUUAAUUAUGAAAAUACCACCUCAUCAAGCCCACAUAUCAUCAACUUUGAAAAUCAAGCCUCCUCAACAAAUCAAAUUAAUAACCAAGCAGAAAAUAGAAAUCUAUUUAGUUCAGGGUUUCCUUCAAACAGCAGCUUUGGAUUAUUUUCUACAAAUGAAGAUUUUACAACAAUGAAAUUACCAAGCAAUAGUAGUAUUGACAGCUUUUUCAAGGCAGAUCUGACGGAUGAAAAGGCAACAAAUAUGCCUAGAAAUAUGUCUUCCAGUUCUGACUUUUUACCUUUGGAAGAAACCAUCGUUCAUCACCUUCCUAUUACAAAUUCAAAUAUGAAUAAUCACCAUCCAAUUCACCCUAUUACUGCCACACAGACUCAAAUAGUCCCACCAAAAAUCGAUAUUAAACCACCCAAAAAAGAAGUUGAAAAGAAUCAUCUCACUAGAUGUAUGAGUCAUGCAAGUUUGUCAAUGUUAGAUGAAGAAGAGGAGGAAGAACCUGUUCCUGUUGUAAACAAUAAUAUUUCUAAUAUUCCUUCAAUAGCCAUUUCCACAAAAGAAAUUCACCAUUUGGCUCAAGAACCAACUAUGGAGGAUAUUAAGAGUAAGAGUCCACUAAUAACCCCAUUGAAUGCUGUUUUAUAUAAGAAUAUUUCUGUGAGUAAUAUGGAUUUGGUAAAAUUGGAUGUACCAAGUGCUUGUGUGCUACGACCAAUUCCAUCAGAAUCAAUGAUAGAGAAAGAUCACGCACAUUGGAUUAAUGAAAUCAAAACACUGCCUUCGAAUGAUUCUCUGGCAAAUAUGGCUAUAGUUGAUUUUGAUAUUCUUUCUGAAACAAAAAAGCAUUAAAAAAUAUCAUAUUUAUUUCCA